UAUGUAAACCAAAGUAUGGGCAAUCUUUAGUUGCACUUAACAACUUCUACCUUCUCUCCUCUCCACUGAAAUCCUGUUCACAAAUGGAAGGAGAAAAACCCAUACCUCUAAUGCCGAGAAUGGAUCGCUUGGAUCGAUUGCUUAAUUAUCUAGAGGAGCAAAGAAAUUCUUCAAGAAGAUAUCAGAGUGGUGUAACUGAAGGAAAAUCGAUGCAACAUCUCAGGCCUCUGGCUUCUGCUCUUGAGGAAGUUUCUUCCAAGGGUUCUCUUGCAGAGAGAAUACAAGUGUUAGAAAAUAGACUGUUACAGUUGUAUAUGGAGAUGGAGGGAGAAGAAAGAUCGGAUGACCGUAGGAUAACGAUAUCAUCUGAAGAGAGCAAGGAUGUUUCAGGCAAAGAGAAGAGAAGAUAUUUUGGAUUGAAAAAGAGAAACCAAAGGGAGGGGAUCACUGGACAUAGAAAAAGAUGGCUGAGAUGGAUUAAUUUUAAUUUUCAACCAACAUGUUAAUUAAUUGAUUUUUAUACUUUACCAAGUUGAAGGUCAGUUACUACUUCCUCAAAAGAAAGUCAAUUCUACUUGUUCACAUGUACCUUCAAGUAUUCUGUAUUAUUGUGGAUCGUUGGGGUGCCUUGAAACCUAGCAUGUUUGUUAUUUUGUCA